AUGGCUCUGCAGAACCAACGGAUCUCUGUCCUGCUUUUGCUGGCGCUCCUCGUUCUUGUCCUGCGCGACGUUCGGGCGUUCAAUUUCGGCAACUUUGGCGGGGGUCAGCACGACCAGGACGAGCUCGCGAGCGAAGACGUCGACUUUUACGAGACGCUGGGACUUACUAUGGAAGCUUCCGAGGUCGAGAUUAAGAAGGCGUACCGCAAACUGAGUCUCAAGUACCACCCGGACAAGUACAAAGGCGACGAGGACGCGGACAGUCGAUUUCAUGCCAUUGCACGCGCCUACGAAGUGCUGUCGGACCCGCAGAAACGCCAAGUGUACGACCUUGAAGGGACCGACGGCCUCAAGCGGGACGAGGAGCAGUCAAAAGGGCGUCCGUCCAGUCCUUUUGACGCGUUUUUUGGCGGUGGAAGCGGCCAGCAGCAGCGAGGUCCGGAUGCAGCUGUGGACAUGCCCGUGACGCUCGAAGAGCUCUACAAUGGCGCUCAGAAGCAAGCGCAGUUUUCCCGCCACGUCAUUUGUCGCAAAUGUCGAGGCACGGGAGCGAAAGGGGGCAAGACCAGUCCGUGCACGAAGUGCAGAGGCAAAGGCCACGUCAUUGUGGAGCAGCAGGUGGGACCGGGCUUUACCGUGCAAAUGCAGCAGCCGUGUCCGAAAUGCGGCGGACGGGGCAAGACGUUCAAGGCGGCGUGUCCGUUCUGUCAUGGCCACAAAGUCGUGGAAGAAGACAAGGUGCUGACGGCUGAAGUCGAGCGAGGCAUGCCGUCGACGCAUCAGAUCGUCUUUGAGCGAGAAAGCGAGCAGCAUCCUGGGAUGGUGCCGGGAGAUGUGAUCUUCCGCUUGUACCAGGUGCCCCACGAUCGGUUUCGUCGAGCGGGCGACGGCCUGCACUUGGAUCUAGCGAUCUCGUUGGAAGAGGCGCUGUUGGGUUACAAGAAGCCGAUCGAGCACUUGGACGACCGUACAGUGGUGCUGAGUAACUCGCAGGUUACGACGCCGUUCGAGGUCCGCGUGGUGCAGAAUGAGGGUAUGCCCGUGCACAACUACCCUUCUCAGCUUGGCGACCUGCAUGUCCGCCACGAGAUCCGCUUUCCAGCAAAGCUCUCGGUUGAGCAGAAGGAGCUCGUAAAGAAACUGCUGCCCGAAGACGAGGUCACGGCUGUCGAGUAA